CACCGGUAUUUGGAGUUUCUGGCGUGGACAAAGCGCAGUAGCAGCUGUGAAGCAAAAAAAGCAAAGAUGUGGCGCGGCGCCGUAUCUCCUGAUGCCUGUGGCACAAAGCAAGUUCCGCGUCCAGUCCCAGGGUUCUACAAAGAAAAGUCAAUACACAAGAAAGUGAACGAGGAAACACCGCCGCGGUAGCUCAAUUCGUAGAGCAUCGCACGUGAAAUGCGAAGGUUGUGGGAUCGUCCCGCACCUGCAGCAACUAGUUUUUUCAUCCACCUUCAUUUCCAUUAUUUAUCGUUUCUUUAUGUUAUUUAUUAAGCACAAGUCAUUUUCCCUUUGAUGUCCUUGGUGACAGUGUUUGUUGGCUUCUUAUGAUGUGUGCACACAAAUGUUAUUCGAGAAAAAGUUCGAUGUUAUCAGGUGUUUUGUCACAGAAACGCGGAACGAAAGUAUGGGCAGGUGUACGUAUGUGGUGGUUCUCAGGGAAAUGUGCUGGCAGGGCUAAUAAUUUGACGAUAGAAACUGCGCGACCAGUUUCUACAUGAGGUUGAGACCCGUAUGUAACAGUUAUAUUUAUCCUUUUCGGUUAUUUGAGGAGAGUAAUGGUAAGCCUUAGUUGAUUUUUUUUUUUUGCAGAAGAUGGCCUGGUGCGCUUGCUUGGCCGCUGUAUGAAAAAGGUUACAAGGGCAGGUCGGCAGGAGCGAAGGCUGAAGAAAUGCCUUGACGUUAACAAGGAGGCCCCGGAGAGCUUAAAGAAAGAAGUUCGGGAAAGGCGCAAUGAGCUGUUAAACAGCAUAGACCAAGUGCUCAACUAUCAAGAGGGAGCGGAAGUGGCUCAAGAGGCGGCGGCGGCAGCAGCGUCAUCCGACGAAGAGGACGCGGCAAUCUACCCCCAGCUGGCCGACCUCUUGGAUGCAGCCUUCAACAAACUCAACACGUGGAAGGGCGCUGCUGUCCGCGCGAGAAACUCCACUCGGAGCGAGGACAUGGCCGCUUUGGUGGCAGCCAAAAGUGCAGGGCGGCAAGCACUUCAAGAUCUGCGCGCUGAAAUGCAAACCCUGCAAACUGUAUAGUGUGUGUGCGUGCGUGUGUGUGUGUGUUUGUGCGUGUGUGCGUGUGCGUGUGUGUGUGCGUGCGUGCGUGCGUGUGUGUGUGUGUGUGUGUGUGUUAGUGUG